AUGGCCAAUCCGCCCCAGCGCGCACAGCAAGUGCCUCAGCAUGUCACCGCGUUACUUUCCCACCUGACCUCCCGCCCAGGGGUGGAAUCUACCCUGAUCCUCUCCCGCAAAGACGGAUCCAUCAUCCAGAGCGCCGGACUCCUCGCUCCUUCAGAGAGUGGUACUAGCACCCCUCGAACAGCUGCAGCACCAGCUGCCGCCACCUCCACCGAAUCAAUCACCCAACCCGCCGACUCGUCCCCGUCAUCUCCAGCCCAGCCCUCCCCUUCCACAUACCAACCCUCGCAGGUAGAAGCGCUGGCAGCACACAUCUUCAACUACGUUUCAAGCGCCUCCGCCCUCGGUGUUUCGCUCUCGCGACCAGUUCAGAAAUCCGACGGACGCAAGGCUGGAACUCUGGAAGGUGGAUACGAUGUACACGCAAAUGGAACAAGCACCCCGCGAGAGGAAGGAGAGGCAGAGGCUGCGGAACGUGAGGAGGAUGACGAGGUGAAACUUUUGCGCAUGCGCACCCGCAAACACGAAAUUGUUGUGGUGCCGGAUCGAAAGUACCUGCUCUGUGUGGUGCACGAUAUGGCCAAUGCGAGUGGAGGAGCCGCAACUGGGGGUGUUCGCUCGCGGUAA